CAAUUAAAGUAAAAUGAAUUGAUGCUCACGAGACAGUGCGGGGGCUAACCUUGGCAAAAUCAUGGUCGACGGCUGCGCAGCCUGCCGGUGCUCGGCGUGCGGCGACUACCCCACGGGCCAGCGUGGUGUCGGGCAAGAUGCAUGCCGACAUGCGAAAGGCAGCUGACGAUGAAGGAGUGCCUCUUCUAUGCGCGCAGAAUCGGUAGGUGAAGAGAGGAGAGAAGGAUGGUCGUGUGCGUGCGGUGCCAUCCCAUCCCAGGUAAGGCGAGCGCGAGAGCGAGAAAACGGCGCUGCGACCGACAGUAGAUUCGCUCGUCCGGGUAGAUUAUUCGCGCGCGCGCGAGGAAUAUUCCAGUCUGCAGCUCUGAAUAUGCCGUGACCAUAUCAUUUAAUGGGAUUAUCGGUACGGGCCUCAGCCCAACAAACAAAAUGGAUCGUGGCCCACUGGACCACGGUCGUAGACGGGCUGGGCGUCGAAGUCUCUCCGCUCAAGACACGGGCCCACGUCCACAGAUCGGAGGAGAGCACUGGCUUGUAUCCCUCUGGCCUCUCUCGUCUCCAGCGACGGCAGCGGGCGAGGGUUACGCGAAGGCGAAGCGGAGUAGUGGAAGCAGAGGCGGCAGCCAUGGCGGUGAUGGAGAAGCUCAAGAUCUUUGUCGUUAAGGAGCCCGUAGUCGCGGCCUCCUGCCUCAUCGCUGGAUUCGGUCUCUUUCUUCCAGCAGUUGUCCGGCCAAUCCUGGAUUCAUGGCAGACCGCGGAACAAGUUCCUCCACCUCUUCUAAAUGAUGUGGUUGCAGGUGUCACCGGCAAGAAAAAGUAGUAAACUUGCAUUGUUUUCUCAUGCCAAUAUUGCCCCACAUUUUCUUCCCCGUGUUUUUUCUGGCGACCAGAUUGGAAGGCUUUUCCCAAGAGUGUCUUGAACUCUAGAUGGUAUCCGCGGAAUAAUCAUUGUACCUGAAUCAUAUACUGCAAUGUGGCAGUUAUGAAAAUCUUUCCCCUCCUACAAAGGUUGAUAGAAUGCCAUACCCUUUGAACUGUGUUCGAGAUGUCA